UUGACCAUAUCGAGCGGACUCGAACCGGUCCGGAAACGACCCGGUAUGUACAUCGGGAACACGUCCACAAAGGGUUUACAUCACUUGGUGUGGGAGGUUUUAGACAACAGCGUUGACGAAAUCCAAGCUGGUCACGCCUCCGUGAUAACAGUCGUGCUCGAACCUGAUGGUUUCGUGAGUGUCGAGGAUGACGGCCGGGGCAUACCGACGGAUGUGCACCCUGCCACUGGAGUUUCAUCCCUCGAAACAGUGCUAACUGUGCUACACGCAGGUGGUAAGUUUGGUGGUGACGAGAGCGGGUACCACGUCAGCGGCGGGCUACACGGCGUCGGUAUAUCUGUCGUAAAUGCGCUUAGUGAGUUAUGCGAGGUCACAGUUUGGAAAGGAGGUAAGGUGUUCACACAGGCUUUUAGCCGAGGAUACGCAGUAGCAGAUAUGACGGAAAGCUUCGAACCGGGCGCGGAUGGGAAGAAUGGAACACGGGUGAGAUUCAAACCGGAUCAUCAAAUUUUCAAAGAAAAAGCCAGUUUUGACCCAAACAUAAUCAUCAGUCGCAUGAAGGAGCUAGCUUUUCUGAACAGCACAGCGACUCUGAAGUUUCGCAUCCCUGUCGAUGUGCAUAAGAAAAUGACCAGGAAGAAAGCGAACAUCUUGUCUUUUCCCGGCGGCCUAAAAGAUUAUGUUGUCGACUUAAACAUGGGAAGCGAGACGCUACAUGACCCUAUAACGUUCAGGUCAGAAGUCGAAGGUGUUCAAGUCGAAGGUGCAUUGCAGUGGACGAGAGAAGCAUUUACGGAUACAACUUUAGGUUAUGCGAAUUCCAUAAGAACGUCGGAUGGAGGGUCGCAUCUUGACGGUUUGAAAUUCGCACUCACGCGCACGGUGAAUGCCCAGGCGAGAAAAGCGAAACUCUUGAAGGAUGGCGAUUCAAACUUGGGAGGUGAGCACGUUAGAGAGGGAUUAUCUGCUGUUCUUGCUGUUUGGGUUCCGCAACCAGAAUUUGAAGGACAAACGAAAACUCGGCUAGGAAACCCGGAGGUAAGAAAAGUCGUUGAAGCGGUCAUAGGGGAACAAAUCGCAGAACAUCUAGAAUUUUACCCCAGCGUCUUGCAGAGUAUCUUCAAUAAGGCGCAGCAAGCAGCAAAAGCGGCAGAGGCAGCAAAACGAGCACGAGAACUCGUCAGACGCAAGUCCGUCUUGCGUUCCGGUUCUCUUCCUGGAAAGCUGUCCGACUGCAGCAAUAGUGAUCCAGAUAUUAGUGAAAUAUUUCUCGUCGAAGGGGACUCUGCGGGAGGCAGCGCGAAGCAAGGCCGGGAUCGGCGUUUCCAAGCUGUCUUGCCCCUUCGCGGUAAAAUACUUAACGUAGAACGGAAAGAUGAGUCAUCUAUGUACAAAAACACGGAGAUAUCGUCCAUGGUCACGGCGUUAGGUUUAGGGUUGAAAGGGGACGACUUCGACGAGUCCGCACUGAGGUAUUCCAAGAUUGUCAUCCUGACUGACGCGGAUGUUGAUGGUGCGCACAUUCGGACGUUACUUCUCACGUUUUUGUACCGCUACCAACGAGCUCUUUUCGAACGAGGCAAAGUAUUUGUUGCAGUUCCCCCGCUUUACAAGGUUGAACACACAGAUGGUAAAGGCGGGGGGAAGAGAUCGAUCACGUACUGUUAUGACGAAGUGCAGCUCGCGAAGUUGUUGAGCUCGCUCCCUGAUGAUACGAAACGGAGUAUCCAGCGGUUUAAAGGUUUAGGCGAGAUGAUGCCUGAGCAGCUCUGGAAUACAACGCUUAAUCCGGAAUCGCGACUGUUGAAGCGGUUGACCGUGGACGACGCGGCCGAGGUGAACCAGACAUUUCAGCUUCUGAUGUCGGAUAAAGUUGCCCCACGAAGGGCGUUUAUCGAAGAGGAAGGGCCGAAGCUGGAGGCCAUAGACGUUUGAAACGAGCAAGCGUGGAACAACAUACACGUACUUUAGGAGGUUCAUUCUGUACGUGUACAGCGUUGUAUGUUCGAAUCCCCCCGUUCUGCCCGAAUAUUUGGUUGCCGAGACCAGGGGCAUUUCGUCUGUGACGUCCUAUGAGCUUUUUGGCUUAUCUAUAGAUAUACGAAACGUCCUGUCUUGUUGAAGUACACGUGCAUAUUACAUAGUGUACAAUUUCCAUGUGUUGUUGGAAUCGAACUAAAAUUACACACAUAGCUAGCUAGCUAGUCUGUUAGGGCUACGUGUAAUGUCUACGAAGGUACCUUCGUAGUAUCUACCAGGUGGGAACAAACUACGAAGGUAACGCGAUAUUCUACAGUAC